UAAAAUCACCAGAAAUUGCUAACCAUAAUUUAAGACCUUUGAAAAGUUAUCUUUUACCCUAUCUGAGUAGGCUUGUCUAAACAAGAAUGUGUUUAGCAGGUGCUGAAAAGAGUGCUGUGAAAGUGCCCUGCUGAUAUGAAUAGGCAGAGAGUUUCAAAGAGUAUUUUAUUGUUUUUUUAUUUAUUUAUUAGAUUUAGAUACCGCCCUUGAUCAAAAGACCUUAGGGCAGUUCACAAGAUAAAAAUACAAGAUAAAAACACAGAUAGUUAAAGUAAAAACCACAAAACAAUAUAAUAUUCUACAAUGGCUGAAGAAUUUUAAUCAGCCAAAGUCACAAGUGUAGGUGCUGCUGUUCUAAAAAAUUGAGUUCUUACCAGCGGGGGAGAAGUAUUCUGUGGCACCUGUAAUAGUGCCACUUGGGCACAGCUAUUCCUCAUGCCCUGCACUAAAACAAGACAUACAAUGUUGGGAGGGGGAACAGGAUGAAACGGUGCCUGACGGUGUGGAGAAGGUGAGCAGGGAGUUUGCCUACUUCUCUCAGUCAUAAGACUGGAACUUAGUGGGGACAUGCAAGAAAGCUGGAGGUUGGGAGAUUCAGGACAGGCAAAAGGAAUCAGACAAAUUCAGGGAGGACAAGGCUACCGAUGGCUACUAGUCACAAUGACUAUGCUCUGCUUCCACAGUUAGAGACAAUAAUGCUUCUGAAUACCAGUGGGUGGAAACCACAGGACAGGAGAGUUCUCUUGUUCUUGAAUCCUGCUUGUGGGUUUCCAAUUGGGAUAUCUGUUUGGCUGCAGUUGAGAACAGGUUGGGACAUUGACUUGAUCCAGCAGGCUUUCCUUAUGGUCAUAUUCUUAUCCAAGAAACAGGUCCGCCUGCUCACACACCUAGCUUAGAGACCAAUAUCCUGGCAUGUUUUAUGGGAAGCUAUGAACUGGCAAACCAAGAGAUCAGCGCCAAAUCUUGGCACACAAUGGGGCAGGAUGGACUUCUUGAGCCUCUUCCUCCUCUAUGUGUUUAUGGUUCUGCUGACCAUUCUCCUUGUUUGUUUCUAUUCCGGAAGGAAGCAAAGCAUCCCCUCAAGGCUUAUUACCUGCAUAACUCAGGUGCUGUUGCGUAUAGUCCCAUCCCAAGUCCAAGGAGCUGCUCACUGGGUGCUUCAUGGACUCUUCCAUAAACGAAACUGUACAUUUGUGGUCCUGCACUUGCUCUUGGAAGCUUUGGUUUACGGGGAAUAUUCCUGGGAAGUGUUUGGCUAUUGUCAGGAGCUGGAGUUCAGCAGUCACUUCCUCCUCCUCCCUUACCUGCUUUUGGCUGUGAACACAGGUUUCUUCAUUCUGUGCUCCAAGACUAACCCAGGUACCAUAACCAAAUCCAACCAGGUGCAAUUUCUCCAUGCAUAUGCCUAUGACGGUGUGAUGUUUGAGAAAGGGGUUGAGUGCUCCACUUGCAAAGUGAGGAAACCUGCCCGAUCCAAGCACUGUGGUGUGUGCAACAGCUGCGUGCAUCGUUUUGAUCACCACUGUGUCUGGGUCAACAAUUGCAUUGGUGCCUUCAACAUCAGAUACUUCCUGCUCUAUCUCCUUACCUUGACCUCCAUGGCCAUUUCCCUCGCAGUCUUAACAGCAACUUUCCUCAUCCAAGUGGUCCUUCUGUCAAAUAUGAUGCAGGGGUAUUACACAGAUGACCAAGGCCAGGAGCGCCCGAUUGAUGCCUUCUUCCUUAUUCAGCAUCUUUUCCUGACCUUCCCCAGGAUCGUGUUCAUGCUGGGCUUUGUUGUUGUCCUUUCAAUUGUACUGGGCUCCUAUUUUUGUUUUACUCUGUAUCUGAUCCUGACCAACCAGACAAGCAACGAGUGGUUCAAGUCAGCAAGAUAUAAAUGUUCAUCCUCAGAGGACGACACCAGGCAGAGGGGUUACAAAAAUAUUUAUUCUAGAGGCAUCCAGGGCAACAUCACAGAAAUUCUUAAGCCAAUUAUGAGCCCUGAAAAAAAGCAAAGGUGAGUUGCCAUUGACAGCAGUGGACUGUACAAAUCUUAAAUUUUUAAUCUCAGCACGAAAGUCCCAGGCAAAAUUAAUCUACUGCAAGGGUAGUCAAUGUGGUAGUCAUGGGCAUCCAGUGUGCCGGACACUACCUACCUCUUACAGGGCCUGUGAAAGGUCUUAGUUCUCAUCAAAAUGCUCAGAGAGGGUGUUUGCUCUUUCUGCGCACUUUCUUUUUGCACUGUCUCAGCCUAUCCUUCAGUGGCUGGCAGAACUGGAUAUAGUGGUCCUCCACCCAUGCUCUUGGAAGUGGCAGCCAUCUCCAAAUGUGCCUACUGGCCCCAAAAGCUUAAUGACUCCUGACCUUAACUGUUGAGUCAGCCUUGCAAGCAAGCCCCAACAUACCAGUGCAACUGGAGUAAACAUACCUGUUUACUGCUAGUGUCUGCCUGAAAUGGAAGCUGAAGCAGCAGUUUGUGGUAGGGACAAGGAAAUACCGUAUUUUUCGCUCUAUAGGACACACUUUUUCCCCUCCAAAAAGAAGGGGAAAUGUGUGUGCGUCCUAUGGAGCGAAUGCAGGCUCCCCGGCUUCAGCGAUAGCAACGCGAAGCCUCCAAAGCCUGCGCUCCGGAGGCUUCGCGUUGCUUUCGCUGAAGCCAGGAGAGUCUGGUCUUUGAGGCUGGCGGUGGGGGAAAGCAGCGCUUCCCCCCACUGCCAG